AUACAGAAUCGGUCCUUGAAACCUGAACAUGUACAGCCAUAUACCAUACUUCAAUAUGCAUUAAAUAGUGAAGUUACAGAUAAAAUUGGUCAGUAUAUCAAGCGCCGGGCUCUAGUAAACAAUAAAUCAGUGGUGUUGUGGUGUUUUUAAUAAAGUUCAGUGGUCUAAAAAUAAAUAAAGAAUUAUGAACGCCGACAGUCUGAAAGUGCCGUUAAACGAAAAUUUCAUCGUCGACAUAAGAAGGAAAAAAUCGAAUGGAGGCGUUAUUGCUGCAUUUUGUUGUUUGGUAUUGUUGUCGUCGACCGCUUUGGCAUUUUCCGUUUAUGCAGUUGUGCGACUAAACGAUUUGGAAAAUGAAUAUCAGACGGUCAUAAAAAACCUACUAGACGACGACCUAUACAAAGACAUGGCGGAAUUUCAAAAUGAGGAGGAGAACAUGGAUGGGCAAGACGAUAUGUCGGAUUACGAAGACGAUUACCCAAGCAACGACAUAAACAACAACGAAAUCACCAGAGUGCCGGACAACGGUUUGCUGCUGUACGGCGGUGACUUCACCAAAGACGACUUGGAAAGAAAGAAACGUAGCGUGAUUGGGGCCACACCGGAUGGGAUCCCUAUCUACGCUGAAUCAUACGCAGAUAUGCAAAGGAAAAAUAACACUUUAAGGAAGCUGACAAACCCCAAUUUGCACGUCGUACCGGUUUCCGCCAGACCAUCGGCGUACGGAAGCACUUGGUCCGGAUCGAGUUACGAGGUGACUAGUGCGCCGGAAGUUUAUUCCAGGGCGUCCCGAGUCAUGCACAAGGAGGACAAGUCGAAGGCCUUCAAGCAGAUAGUGAGGAAGUCGAUGUUGAGGGCCGCAGACGCAUCAGCCGAGGAGUACAGCAGCGAAGCACCCAACAUAAUCAGAGACAGCUACGGGAGGAAGAGGUUCAGGAAUAGGCCGAGCCGUUUGGAAAGUUUCGAAGACACGAGACCUGGCCACAAGAUGGGACGCAUAAAGCCGCUGCCCAGCAUCCGAGUCGACGGUGAUACCAGCAAGUACGUGCUCGGCCAACAUCAGAACUUCAACGGAAACGGGCACAUGAGACAUCCGAGCAAAACCUACGUCGAUUGGAAGGCUAAGAACUGGGUGGAUGCCGGAGGCAUGUACCAGCAUUUCGACCUCAACGAGGAAGGGGAGCUGACCAUCAAGGAAAGUGGACUGUACUUCAUAUACGCACAGAUAUAUUAUUUGGACGAGCACGACACGAACGGAUUUAGGGUUUACAAAAAUGGAGGCAACACUCUGCUACAAUGUACAACAUCCACGCACACUCAGGAAAGUACAUUGAAAGGCAACACUUGUUAUACUGCCGGUGCAGAUUACUUGAACGAGAAUGACAUCAUCUACGUUUCCGAUCUGGCAGAGGGGCGGUAUUCCUUAUUUGAACCAGGAAAAUCCUUUUUCGGUGUGAUAAAACUUGGAGACAUGAAAGUCAAGUAGUUUAUGUAACCAUUUAAUGUAUUAGAUUAUUUAUUUUUGUACGUAAUAAUAAUAAUCAUGUGUCGAUUCCUUAUAUGUAUCAUUUCAUUGAUCUGUGCCAUAUUUGAUUAAGUGUACUGUUUGUAUUUAUUUAUAUUAGUUUUAAAUAAAAUGUGUAUACGGAA